UACUCUCGGUCAUUCAGAUAUGUGAACCGGCUUUAUCCUGCUAUACUGCAAGGGGGUGGCACUUUCAGCUACACCUUUUCUUCCAGGGUAUAUAUACUGUGCUUGGGACUGAAAAGAAGCCGGUUGCCUGGUGCAUGUGGAUGGGACAAAAAAAGGAGUGCCUACUAUCACACUGUCUCUGAUCUUAAGUCAUUUCCAUGAUAAAGUAAAGGAGACUUGCUGCAACCACUGAAAGCAGUCACUACUGAGAAAAGCUCCCUGCUAAAGUAGCCAAGCUACCUGCCAGGAAACAGAAGCACAGCCGAUGAGCUGACACCGGGAGAUGCACAUAUAAAGCAGCUUAUCUGGCUUGUACGUUUGCGGCGCUGAUCGCCAUCUCCAGUAAAGCGGAUUGUGACACCUGGGAGUAGAUUGGUGGUGGUGGUGGUUCUUGUGCUUUCACCUGCUCGGGAUUUAUCACUGGCACAUCGCGCUGCAAAAAUGAUGCAGAUAUCUGAUACGUACAACCAGAAGCACUCCUUGUUCAAUGCCAUGAAUAGGUUCAUCGGGGCGGUGAACAACAUGGACCAGACGGUGAUGGUGCCCAGUCUGCUGAGAGACUUGCCCCUCGAAAUGGAGGUGAAGGACGAAGUCACCAACAGCAUCGGGGCUGCCAACUACUUUGCGAGGAGAGACAUGCACGGCUAUUACAUUUUGCUGAAAUCCAUCAGGAGUGACAUCGAAUGGGGAAUCCUGCAGGGAGACGAGCGCAAAAAGGACAAAGUGAGCUCUAUGGAUAUCAGCCGGCUGGAGGAUGCAGAUGGAGAGGAGGAUCUGGAAAAACAGUUCCAUUACCAUCUCACUGGACUUCACACAGUGCUCAGCAAACUCACCAGGAAAGCCAACCUCCUCACCAACAGAUAUAAAGAAGAAAUCGGAUUUGGCAGCUGGGGACAUUGACAAUAGUGGCUUAUUACAUUAUUUAGAUGUGUAUUAUUUGAUGGGCCGGGUUAUUGUUUAACAUGUUUUUUAUGUCGAUGUUUGUUUGCUAAAGAGGGUGAGUGUGUACCAUUAACAUGGAAAGAGGGAGUCAGGGAUCAUAUUAAGUCUAAUGCAUUCUGGUAUCGGGUUCACGGCCAUAACCAUGUAAUGAUGGAGGAUAAUUCCUGUACUACACCUCUCAUCAAUAUUUUAAGGUGCAGUGACUAAGAAUCAAUCUAGCACAGCCCUGGAUAACCCUUUCACUGCCCAAUGCUAUGAAUUCAUUAAUAUCUCUAUAGCUCUUUUCUAAGCAAAUUGGUUUUGGGGCAGAUAGGAGGUGAAGCAGCCAUCUUGGGUGCACUCAGUAGAAUAUCAAACUAGGGCCAU